AUGAUCCCAGCCCUCGUUGCCGCUGCGCUCGGCCUCGCCCGACCGCCACCAUCCACGGCGCCUGACGGCCUAUGCGUCGAAUAUUUCGCCAUCGGAUCCAACAUGGCCUCCAGAGUUUUCGAGGGCCGACGCGGCAUCAAGCCCUCCGCGAAACGCCCAGCGGUUGCCCUGGAUCACGCGCUCACUUUCGACGUGCCUGGCGCCGGGUUUGCCGAGCCGGCUUUCGCUGCCAUCUCAUCACGCACAGGCUCCGAGUGCCACGGGGUCCUUUACACGAUCUCCCCGCUGGACUGGCUGCGGCUGUGCGCCUCAGAAGCGGUGCCGGUUGCCUACGUGCCCGCCUUUCUCACAGUCGAGUGCUACGACGGCCGCCGCGUCGAGGCUGUCUCGCUGCAGGCUGCGCCUGGACUGCCGCGGCGGAGAGGCGGGACAGACGAGCCUCGACCGUCUGCGCGGUACCUCUCGCUGCUGCGCGACGGCGCCGCCGAGGCUGGGCUAGCGCCGGUGUGGCUCGAAUACCUCGACAGGCUCGAGCCUGCGGUGGGAUCAACGCCCGCCCCGCUCCCUGCCCCUCCGCCGAGGCGGAACUAUGAGGAGCGUUAUGGUGCGACGUUCGUGUGA